UCUCUCUAUUGUCAAGGACACUACCUACUGUCCAGACGCAUACAUCAAAUAACAAAUUUUGUUAUUUCUGCUUAACGAUGUUUGAGAUAUGAAAGACAGGACGACAGAUGUUACAUGCGCUUGAAAUAAAUAAGGCGUUUUAAAUGGAUUUUGAGUCCGACUUUUAGGUUGAAGAUCAUUGUUUUCUGUUGAAUCAGUCUUCCAAACCCCGUUCUAUGAAGAAUCUGAUUUUUCUGACCAUAACAUACCAACUUGUGGUUGCUAUCUGGCCAAUAACAACGUUUACAUAUAAUAAUAUCGACAACAGCAUCAAUAAUAACUGCGGGAAAAACUUUCAAUUCAAGCCAAACAGAAUAAUCUUAACUCAAAAGUCCAUUUCAGCGGGUGCUAAAUUUCUCAAAAAGUUAAAAGUAUCAUCGUUUAAAGAAUGCUACUUUAUGUGUUGCAAUACAAAUGAAUGUAGCACGGCAAUAUUUGAAUCUAAGGCUACGCAGUCUUGUUUUAUGUUUGAUUGUCGACAGCCUGGACAAUGCUUUUAUUCUAGUCAUUCCAAUUAUGAUACAAUUGUCUUAGAAGAAUCAAACGGUAAUCAGAGUUUGAAAAACAAAGUUGGUCUAAAUCAACAUUGCGAUUCAAAUAACUUGUGUGAUGAAGUUAAAACUAUAUGCUCUGAUGGGGUAUGUAUUUGCCAGUCUGGUUGGAUUGCUAAGAAAGGUUCAUGUGUUCAGUCAGUUUGUAAAUCACCAGAACUUCAAUUCCAGUGUGAUGAUUCUUCUACUUGUGUAGCUAUCUAUGAUAAAUGUAACGGAAUAGUUGAAUGCCCGGAUGGAUCCGAUGAGUUGAUUUGCCCUUCAAGAUUAAUUCACAAGCAAAAUGAAACCAAUCCGUCAUUACUGCGUAAUCAAAAACAAGGUGAAUUUGACGAGGGAAUUUUGUCUAAACCUUCAAAUGUAAGUUAUCAGCCUUUGGAAAGAUAUCAAUCCAAUCAACCAUCUUUAUUAACUACAUCUCGAAGUACUUCUCCAGCGUUGAUGGAUUUAAACGAUCUAUCUGAUCCAUUCUUUUAUCCUAGUCAAUCGAAUUAUCAUAAUGGUAGGGAACAACUGACAAAGUCACAUCCAAUCAAACCUGUUAACCAAAAACCAUUGUUCAAUGUUGAUGAUAAAGAAUCGUUCAUGCUUGAUAUAAAUAAUAAAAUUAAUGAAAAUAAUGAUAACAAUCCUGAGAUGUUUUUUACUUCAAGUGAUGAUGAUGGAUGGCAUUAUCCUAAGGGACUACUUCAUGAUGUUUCAUCACAGGGUGGUGGUGAUGUCCUUUCACAAUCAUUACCUAGAAAGCAUUUAUAUCGACCAGAUCAUCAUUCGGUACUAUCACGAAUGAAAGCAUAUGAAACAGCAGGACUAUACAGGCCCAGAUCUUUCAAUACUUUUAAAGUUGAUUAUCCUCACUCAUCACAGAGAAAUGAUUUAUCGUUCAUUCCUUAUCAUCAUUCCAAUAAUUUUAUACGUGGAUCACAUCAAGAUGAACCACCAUUUUUUCAAUAUAAUCUGGAUAGUAAACACCAAUCUGAGAUGAUAAUUGAUCCAACUGUACUGGAAAAUAUGGACUUUAUCAAUAAAUUUAGUGAAACAGGCGAUGCUUUAAAAAAGUAUCCAUUGGUUCAUGAGCCUAAACACAUUCAUCAUAGGAAUGAAUUUGAAGACAUUAAUCAAAAGGGAUCUAGUAUAGGUAAAAUCCUCCGCCAAAUGCCCUGGUACGGCCAGGAGUGGAGAGAGUCCACUCUCCCUCUCGAAAUGCUCUCACAUGACUAUGCGUAUAUAGCCUCUGCCAGAGAAGUCCUGCCAACUGCCCUCCCGUGGCGGGGGUGUUGUUUACGAAAAUGAGAGGACGAAAAGCAAAUGUCCGGCGCUUUAACCGGAUUCCAAACCAAUGGUGCACAUGGGCUCCACUAUCCUGCGGGAACAAAUGGCGUAUGAACCGAUUUUUGGUCGCCGGCUACCAUGGGACUGCAUCUCCUGAUGAUGCUCUACUGCAUUGUGGAUCAGACCUUUAGGUCAAAAGCUUUUGGAGUGGCUCCCUAAGAAAACCACCUGCUUCGGUCUAAGCACCUGAGCAGUAUCACAGCCCUCACACAUAUCGAAUGAGAUUUGUGUGGCGCAUAUGUAUUUGGUGCCUCCUUGUACCAAUAUCUGUGUUAAAAUAAAAAAUAAUAUGUUCAGUCCAUUAACUUCAUACGUAGUCUCCAAGUACAAAUAAUUUAAUCUUGUUAACGUUUAAAUAUAGCUGGGCGAGUGUAGAUAAUAUUAUAUGCAUUUGUUCUUAUGUCAUCCCAUAGUCAAACAGUAGCAGAACAAUUAUAAACGAGGGAUUGAAGGCGGUUGAUUAUGCAUCUACUCAAGACCUCAGCCUACAUGCUCUUGUCUAGGUUAGAAGGACAAUUGUAUGUAUGCACCUAUAGUUUAUGGUUCAUUUCGAUAAUUAAACUUUUCUACUUAUUUUAUUCUCAUUUGUAUGAUACGUUUGGAAGUGUAUGUCGUAACUAAGUACUACUACAGAACACAAAAUUCGACAUGCUAUGAAUACAUAUCAAUCCAUUAAUUAUUCAUCUAUUAUAAUCAACUUUUGCUGGCUAAUUAUACAUCAGUACACUAUGUGUAUAGAAUGGGUUGGUGAAUUUGUGGUUAUAGCAAUCGUCUCUCAAACAUUGAGUUACAUGUUUGAAUUUCUCUCCACUUCAAACAACCGGAUACCAUCACCAACGUUCAAGCACCCACAGUUUGGCUCAAACUAAGAUGACUAAACGUGCAUUUGACUAUAGUGAGUUAGUUGAACUGUGUGUUGAAGCAGAUAUGGAUGGUGGUUAGCAGUGGAAUUCGCACAUGGUUCAUAUAUAAUAAAAGAGACUGGUCAAUUGCAGUCCAAAUAAUCAUCAUAUAUGUAUCAAAAGGGGUUUUUGUGGACAUUAUAUUAAUUUCAAUAGUUGAGAUCAUCAGUCA